CGUGCUUUUAGUACCGCGUCCUCCUCCUUUGUCACACCUGUUUCCUCGCCUACUCCCUCUCUCUGGGGAGUCGCGUGAAUUAGGAGCUGUCACCGGGGCUGGUGACAGUCUCUCGCAUUCAGGUGUUGGAGAAGGAGCUCUCCGUCCGCACACCGUCCAUCCCCGACGGUCUGUCACUGUCCGGCGGUCAGCUUCUCGCAGGCGACUUCUUACAGGUGUCCCUUAUUGCUGCGGCAUCGAGGUGUUUUGACGCCGCUUUACAGAAUGUCGAACAACAUGACCCGCAUCGCCGAGGCGCGGAAAGCCGUGGAGCAGCUGAAGAUGGAAGUGAACGUGAACAGGAUGAAGGUGUCUCUGGUGGUCUCCGAGCUGCUGUCGUUCUGCCAGUCUCACUCUCUGUCGGAUCCACUGGUCUCCCCGGUUCCAUCGUCUGAAAAUCCGUUCAGAGAGAAGCGACUUGUAUGCAUCGUCCUCUGAACUCUGCAAUCAGUGGCCUCGGAUGUAUCUUCUAUCUACUGCCUUCCAGGACCCAACAUUACCGUCUCCCCAUAACCCCGAGCAGUCUCACCAUAACCCCGAGCAGUCUCACCAUAACCCCGAG